UUCACCAAUUCGAUAAACGGAGGGAUCAUAAGGUAGCGAAUGGAGCCAGUAGCCAUGGUUAUGGAGAAAGCUUGGAGUUUUGGUUUGGUUCUUUUGUGGUUCAGUACUUUAAGCUGCUAUCUGGUUAAUGCAGCUGACGAUAAAAAUGGUGGUUUUGGAGCUUCUUUCAUCUUCGGUGAUUCUCUGGUGGAUGCUGGUAAUAAUAACUAUUUACCAACGUUGUCUAGGGCAAAUAUUCCACCAAAUGGAAUUGAUUUUAAAGCUUCCGGUGGAAACCCUACUGGCAGAUAUACCAAUGGUAGAACCAUUGGUGACAUUGUAGGAGAAGAAUUGGGAGUACCAAAUUAUGCAGUUCCAUAUCUUGCUCCAAAUUCUACUGGGAAAGCUAUACUUUAUGGUGUAAAUUAUGCAUCAGGAGGAGGGGGGAUUAUGAAUGCAACUGGAAGAAUAUUUGUUAAUAGACUGGGAUUGGAUAUCCAAAUCGAUUUCUUCAACAAUACAAGAAAGCAAUUUGAUAAAUUGUUGGGUUCAUCCAAGGCCAAAGAUUAUAUUUCGAAAAGAUCCAUUUUCUCAAUUACAAUUGGAGCAAAUGAUUUUCUCAACAACUAUCUUCUCCCAGUUCUGUCGAUUGGAGCAAGGAUUUCUGAAACUCCAGAUGGUUUCAUUGAUGACAUGAUUAAUCACUUGAGUAACCAAUUAACAAGACUUUACAAGCUCGAUGCUCGGAAGUUUGUCAUCGGAAAUGUCGGUCCUAUCGGGUGCAUUCCGUAUCAGAAAACCAUCAAUCAAUUGAACGAAAACGAAUGUGUGGAUUUAGCAAACAAGCUAGCAAUGCAGUACAAUGGGCGAUUAAAGGAGUUACUGACUGAAUUGAAUGGAAAGCUUAAAGGAGCCAUAUUUGUUCAUGCCAAUGUGUACGACUUAGUGAUGGAACUCAUCACCAAUUAUGCGAAAUACGGUUUUACAACAGCAAGCGAAGCAUGUUGUGGAAAUGGAGGGCAAUAUGCAGGGAUAAUCCCAUGCGGACCGACAUCAAGUAUGUGCAAAGACCGUGACAAGCAUGUUUUCUGGGAUCCUUAUCACCCAAGUGAGGCUGCCAAUCUUAUAAUUGCUCGACAACUUCUCCAUGGAAGCACCAAAUAUAUUUCUCCAGUCAAUCUUGAACAACUUCGUAAUCUUUGAUUAAUUAGAUGUGAUUUCUUGUUAAUCACAAGUGUUUGUUUAAUAUUCGAAGAACACACGCAAGUUCCUAUACACUUGUUCAUCAUCCAUGUUUAAGUUCAAAUGAAUUUGAAGAUGAUUCUGGCAA